AGAGAGGAACGUCAGUCGUGUCGCGACCACGGUACCGCGUGGAUUUCGCGUUAUAUCCGGUGCCGUACGGUUAUUUAUAAACUCUCCGGUGUUAGGCUUCCUCGAGCCACGAAAACUAGCAUGCGGUGAUUCAGUGGCGGAUUUCAGUGCGUUAUCUUCGACUGUGAGCUCUGUAUUAAGAAACGUUCCGCGAGGGUCGUUGCUCAACCAUGCCAUCCUGUCAAGGUGAAAGGAAUUUCUCGACGUAGGCUAGGAUGUCACAUCACAGCGACGACAACAUGCUGAUAGCUACCUCGGACUCCUUUUGGGAGCCGGGCAACUACAAACGCACCACCAAGAGGAUCGAGGACGGGCAGAAGCUCUGCGACAGUCUGAUAGCGUUGGUUCAAGAGCGAGCGGAGAUAGAGAAGAGUUACGCGAAGGCGUUGAAGAAUUGGUCGAAGAAUUGGAACGACAAGAUCGAAAAGGGGCCGGAGUACGGGACCACAGAGGCUGCGUGGAAGGGUGUGCUCGUUGAGUCCGAGAGGCUCUGCGAUCUUCACCUCAGGGUCAAAGAGAAUCUCUGCAACGACAUCAUACAGCAGGUGAAAACGUGGCAGAAGGAAACUUAUCACAAGUCGAUGAUGACGCUGAAGGAGCGCAAGGAGAUGGAGGACGCGUUCAAGAAGGCUCAGAAACCGUGGGCGAAGCUCUUGCAGAAGGUAGAAAAAGCUAAGGCCGAGUACCACAAUAGCUGCAAAACCGAGCGGACCGCGGCGAACAUGGAGAGGAACGCAUCGGCGGACAGUUCGCUUUCCCCUGACCAGAUGGCCCGAGGCUCUGAAAACGUGAAGAAAAUGCAGGACAGGGUGCAGAAGACGAAGGAGGAGGUGCAGAAGGCGAAGGAGAAGUACGAGGCGGCGUUGCAGGAGAUCAAUCAGUACAACCCGAAGUACAUGGAGGACAUGACCCAGGUGUUCGAGAAGUGCCAGGAAAUGGAGGCGCAACGGCUGCAAUUCUUCAAGGAGGUCCUCUUCGGCAUCCAUAAAUGCCUCAAUAUAUCUCAGGAUCCAAUACUUCCACAAAUAUAUGAAGAAUUCUAUCACACGAUCAACAAUGCGGACCAUGAGAAGGAUCUGAAGUGGUGGUCGAACAAUCAUGGUGUAAAUAUGGCUAUGAAUUGGCCGCAGUUCGAGGACUACACAGAGGAGUUCCGCGACAUCACCAAGGGCGCGAAGUCGAAGGAGGCGCUUCCGGCCGGCUCCAUCACGCUCAUCAAUCAACGCCCAGUCGGCGAGGAUUUGCAUGAGUACCCGCCGGUUAAUAACAAAUCAAAAUCGAAGCCCAGUUCGCGGCUCUCGACGGACGGUGGCCAUGUGGACAGCAAAACGGAUACGAUUAGCUCUAGCAAAAACUCCUCGGAGAAGAAUAACCACGACGGCAAUACCGUAAACAGGACCUCGACGAUCACCAAUGGUACGAAUGCUAAGCAAGAAUCAAACCCAUUCGAGGAAGAGGAAUGGGACGAAGAUAGUGGCGAACCUCUGGUAGAUAAUGGAGAACCCGGUGUGCUCGUACGCGCGUUAUACGACUACCAAGGAGCAGAGGCAGACGAACUUAGCUUUAAACCAGGUGACGUAUUCGAUAAAUUGGAAGACGAGGACGAACAAGGGUGGUGCAAGGGACGAAAAGACGGCAGAGUGGGCCUCUAUCCCGCGAACUACGUAGAGCUUGUGUCUUCGUAAACGAGUCGCGAGGCGGUAGUAAAAAGCUAAGUCAAAUUUCAUGAACACUUGAAUAGUUACUUAACACACGUACGAAAGAACAGAAAGAGAGAGAGAGAGAGAGAGAGAGGAAACUGUUUACAUUUGUUUUCGAUUUUCAUGUAUGAAGUAGCGCGUUCGUUGAAGAAAAUUUGUAAAUGUCGUUAGGUAAAAGUUACAUGAGACUCUAUAUUAGAGAUCGUUCGUUUUGUGUGAUAUAUAAUCGUUAUUGAAAAAGAAAAAACAAGCUGAAGAGAAUAAAUGUUGCACGAGUUUCAAAUGUUAACAAGUUAACGACCGAAACAAUAUAUUUUUUCUUGUUUCUUUGAUGUAAAAUUGGCGAGCGACAGUGUUUGAAAUGAAUACGCGUACUCCGACGGGUAAUAGUGGUUUUGCAAUAGCUAGUUAGGAUUCUCUGUGUCCAUCUCUAUUAGUGCUGAAACGAUAAGAUGGAUAGCGCGUACGAACGCCCACGGUAUAAAUUGUAAGUUUAGAUUUUCGAAAUACAUAAUGUCCGUACUUUCUUUUUUCCUCCUAACUCAUUAUCGAUUAGCAUUGCUGCUACACGAGACUAUUUUGGCGUGACACGAGACACGAAUGAGGAAGAAGUAUAUUUAAUUUAUUGUUAUCUCCUCGAAUGAUACUAUUAAAACCUAUUCUUUCCAAAUGGUAUCGUUGUAUAUAAUAGAUUUAAGAACGUACACGGUAUGUAAAGUUGUAAUUGUUUAACCGAGUUAAGAUUUUAUGAUGUUCGAAGUAACCAGCAUGAAAAUCUUUCUAAAAGAUUAGAGAAAAACGUGCUUGAAAACUGAGAAAAUAAAUUUUGGGACCCAAAAUUGUCCGAUUCUUUUUUGUUUUGUUCUUUUUUCUUAAAUAACAAUGUUCUAUUGUCGAUCAUAAAUCAUCAUUGAAAAUGUGAACGCGAUUGAUUAUUGUACUUUUUGUACAUAAUUUCUUACAUUGAAACGAUGUUAAACUAUUGUUUACGAGAUAAAAACAGUUCUGUAUGAGAUCAAUCGUACAUUGCUGGAAAGAUAUUGCUUGUAAUUAGACUUUGUCUAGCGACGAAGCGACCUAAGACAUGCCAGAGACACAAGCGUAUUAAAGAAAAUUGAUUAAUGUUUAAGUUGAUCAUUCGUCGAUUAGUGUACUUUCACGAACGCAUUAAUUCCGGAAUAUUAAUAGACGAGUAUACUCUUUUAAGUUAACACGGAGAACAGUGUUGCGGGGUAAUCGUAAAACCAAACGAACUAACUUAUAGAUUUAAACGGUUCGGAAAGAGGGAGAAGCAUUUACAAUAGUUUUCCACAGGAAGAACGACCGAUUUCAGUGUCUGCUUCGACGAAGUCACUUGUUAUUUAUGAUAUAUACAUAUAUUUGAUUUCGUGAAGCGGUCAAGAAGAUCGAUUUAAGAAGCCAAGUCAAAGUUCUCAUGGUAUACAUAUAGUGAUAAAUGCUAGCUAUUCUUCACGAGUAAUUAACGUGUCACUAUACACAGUAUUUAUGUAAAUAUACGAGAGUAUGGUAGAAUAUAUGAAUAACAUUUACAAUUCAGCCAGCGACUGAUUUUUGUAAUUGUUUACAUCAUUAGUCCUCCAAAUUAUUUUCUGUAAAGAAUGUUCGCGAUCCCAAAAGCGUUGUUAAAUAGAUUCUAGUUUGUGUAUAAAAAUUUAUUAUGUAUAACUUAAUAAAUUAGUACAUACACGAAAUAUUAUUCAUGAUGAAAAGCGACCAUGUAUUUUCACUUCGAAAAUAAUUAUACACGUAAGAAGCAUCGAUGAAUUUUGUUAGAACACCAAGUUUUCGCGAAUGUGGAUUACAGUGUAAAUUCCAAAACGGGUCUAAUAACGAGAAUCGCGGUUCGACUAGGACAAUUGGCAGGUGUACAUUAUUUUGAAUGGAGGGGAUGGAGGAUGUUAAGGACUGAGAAAUUGUUAGCGCCGUAUGAAAACGUAUUAUAUGUAUUUUACAUAUUAAUUAAAUUUCAGUCACCAAAAUAGAUUCCAUGUUAUAACAUGUU